GUUGCAAAUUAGGAGCAAUAAAUAAAUAUUGAGGAAGUGAAUAUGAUAUAGGGGUAUUCAGAGUAAUAAAAAAAUGAUGUGAUGACGAAUGAGGGAUGAGAGCAGAUAUAAUGAUCACACUGUUUAAAGCUGCAGACAGAAACAUCAGACUCAGGACAGAAACACACGACCUCUAAAAGAUGGAGCAAACUCUAUAUUUCAUUCUUCUUCUCAUUGAUCUCUGCUCCGUAUCUGAAUGUGUUCAGCGUCAGUAUCACUUUAUAAACGUGAGGAAGACCUGGACUGAAGCUCAGAGAUACUGCAGAGAGAAAUACACAGAUCUGGCCACCGUUGACAACAUGAACGAGCUGAAGAAGAGUGUGAAUGAUGGACGUGUCUGGAUUGGGCUGCAGAAGACGGGUGUCGAUAAAUGGCAGUGGUCUUCAGGUGAUCCUGCGCUCUAUCAGAACUGGGCUCCUACACAACCUGAUAACGGAGAUGAGAGGUGUGCUUUACUGAAAGAUGGACAAUGGCAUGAUUAUCCAUGUAGCAUCAGCUUCACUUUCAUCUGCAAUUCAUCUAACAACACGAACACAGGACUCAUCAUUGUCAAUCAGAUGAUUAAUUGGAGAGAAGCUCAGAGUUACUGCAGACAGAAUCACACUGAUCUGGUCAGUGUGAGGAACCAGAAUGAGAGUCAACAGCUUCAGAAGUUCAUCAAUGAUAAUCACAUAUCUGAUAAUGUCUGGAUCGGUCUGUUCAGAGACUCAUGGCAGUGGUCAGAUCAGAGUUACUCCUCAUUCAGAUACUGGGCUCCUGGUGAACCUGAUAAUUAUGGAGGUGUUGAAUACUGUACAGUUUUUGAUCAGAAGAUUCAGGGACAAUGGAAUGACAGCUCUUGCAACAACCAAUAUCCUUUUGUGUGUCAAGAAGUUUUGUUUUCAGAUAAACUUAUUCUGAUCAAAGAGAAGCUGACGUGGUCUGAAGCUCUGAGAUACUGCAGACAGAAUCAUGUGGAUCUGGUCUCGGUUCAUUCAGAAGAGAUUCAGCGUGAGGUGAUGAAUGUGGUUAAACAGGCGUCUACUGAGGCGGUGUGGUUGGGUUUACACAACUACUGCCUUAUGAACAUGUGGCUCUGGUUGAGCGGAGAGAUCGUGUGCUAUCAGAACUGGGCUCCAGGGAACGGAGCAGAACCGGAAGACUGCCGCCUCGAGAAGAGAAAAAGAGCAGUUCAGUCUGGAGGAGAUCAGCGCUGGAUCAGCCUUCCUGAAACUCACAAACUCAACUUCAUCUGCAGCAGAUAUGAAGAGUGAAAAGACACACGUUUGUGUGUUUAGAUUUACUCUUUCCAUUCUUCAUUAGAUUUCUUAUUUACAUUUGUUUGAUUUGUUCUUUUUAGUGAAUCUAAUAAUUGUGUUUUAAAAGUCUCUGUUUUGUUUCUGUAUGUUCAUCAUCAUGACAAUCUGAUUUUAUCAAAGUUUUCUAACAUUAAUGUUUAAUAUUCUUUAGAUGUGUAAAAUACUAACACAAUAUAUGUCUGUUUUAAGAAUAUCUAUGCAUGUCUUUUGUGCUUAUGUGUCUUUAUGUUUUUCACUAAUUUUAUUUAUAUCAAUAACUGGUUGAAUGUGAUUCUGUGAGCAGCAGAUCUUAAGAAUAAUAUUGUUUAUGUCUCAACAGAAUGAAAUCUGAUUUAUGCUUAGAAAGGAAGAACUGAAGUGAUGUCACAAUGACCUGUCAAUGUAACAAAUAUGUAAAAUUUUAUAUUUGAUUGUCGAUAUGUUUGGAUGAUAUUUAGGAUAUGUUGUCACAUGCAAAUUUAAGCUUCCUGGAAUAAAUUAGGUGUGUGAAUAUGUGAGUAUAAAAAUUUGAUUCUCAAAAAAUUACUCUAGCUGUUUGCUCACUUUAUUUAAAUAAAAUAAGUUGAAACAACAAAAA